AUGUAUCUUUCAACAGUCCCAAACAUCGCGUCGCCUUACAUUACCUACGGAAAGCUCCUCUCCAAGCUCGCUCAGACCAAGUCCGUAAACGAAGGCCUAAAAGUCCACGCCCACCUCAUCAAAUCCGGACUAUUCGAGGGCGACAAACACCGCAGUCAUUUGGUGAACCUGUACGCAAAGUGUAAGUUCUUCGGCCACGCACGGAACUUGAUCGACGAAAGUCCCGAGCCGGACUUUGUCUCCUGGUCCUCGCUGGUCUCCGGGUACGUCCAGAAUGGGCUUGGAAAGGAGGCCAUUCUCUCCUUUCGCGAGAUGCGAUCUCUGGAUGUCAGGUGCAAUGAAUACGCCUUGCCCAGCGUGCUCAAGGCUUGUUCAGAAACAAAGAACUUCACCUUCGGGAAACAGGUUCAUGGACUCGUGCUCGUGACAGGUUUCGGGUCGGAUGUGUAUGUUGCAAAUACUUUGGUAGUUAUGUAUGCAAAAUGUAAUAAUUUUUUGGGUUGCAAGAGAUUGUUUGAGGAUAUAGAGGAGAGGAAUGUGGUCUCCUGGAAUACUUUGCUUUCGUGUUACGCUCGGGCAGAUUUUUUUAGUGAGGCAAUGGGUUUGUUUGGGGAGAUGGUUUGUGGUGGAGUUAGGCCGGAUGAGUACUGCUUGUCGACUGUGUUGAACGCUGCAGCGGGGCUUGGAGAUAUCGAUCAGGGGAAGAAGGUUCAUGGCUAUCUUAUAAAGCUUGGUUAUGAAGGUGAUCAGUUCUCUCUGAAUGCGUUGGUUGAUAUGUACACAAAAGUGGGCGAUUUUAAAGAUGCAAUUGAUGUUUUUGGUAAUAUUCCGGAACCUGAUAUAGUUUCUUGGAAUGCGCUAAUUUCUGGUUGUGUAUUGCAUGGAUAUUACGACCAAGCUUUGGCAUCUUUAGAACGAAUGCAGAGAUCAGGUGUAAACCCGAAUGUGUUUACGUUACCAAGCGCCCUUAAAGCAUGCGCGGCGUUAGCUGAUAGGAGAUUGGGCAAACAAUUGCAUGCCAGGUUGAUUAAGAUGGAGAUAAUGAUGGAUCCAUUUGUUUUUGUAGGCCUAAUUGACAUGUAUUGCAAGUGCCAACUGAUGAAACAUGCAUUAAUGGUGUACCGUUUGAUGCCAGAGAAAAACUUGGUGGCAAUGAAUGCAAUGAUCGCUGGGCAUACACAAAAUGGGGAGAAUUGGGAAGCUUUAACCCUGUUUACGGCUAUGUACAAUCAAGGAAUGGAAUUUAAUCAGGCAACUUUACUAGCUGCCCUGAAUACAGUUGCUAGUUUGGAGGCGCUUAUUGUCUCCAAACAGAUUCAUGGACUCAUUGUGAAAUCUGGCUACCAAGCUGAUAGUUUCAUUUUAAACAGCUUGGUCGAUGUGUAUGGAAAAUGCAAGCAGGUUCAUGAUGCGGGUAGGAUUUUUGAAGAAUGCCCGGUUUGGGAUUUACCAUCUUAUACCUCGUUAAUGACGACCUAUGCUCAAUGUGGACAAGGGGAAGAAGCUUUAAAGCUCUAUCUAAAGGUUCUGGACAGGGGUCUUGCACCAGAUUCUUUUAUUUGCAGUUCUCUACUCAAUGCCUGUGCAAAUUUAUCAGCUUACGUACAGGGGAAGCAAAUCCAUGUUCAUGUCCUGAAGCUGGGGUUCAUGUCUGAUUCUUUUGCUGGGAAUUCACUUGUCAAUAUGUAUGCCAAAUGUGGAAGUAUAGAGGAGGCGGGUCGUGCUUUUGAUGAGGUUCUUGAGAAAAGUGUCAUAUCAUGGUCCGCAAUGAUUGGUGGGCUCGCACAACACGGCCAUGGUAAACAGGCACUUCAUUUGUUCGAUGAUAUGUUGAAAGACGGUGUUUCCCCCAAUCACGUGACAUUAGUCAGUGUUCUUAGUGCCUGUAACCAUGCCGGUCUAGUUGAAGAGGCCCAAUUGUAUUUUGACACAAUGAAAGAGAGAUUUGGCAUCGAUCGAACUCAAGAACAUUAUGCUUGCAUGAUUGAUGUUCUUGGCCGGGCGGGGAAGUUGGAUAGAGCAAUGAAUCUGGUGAACGGUAUGCCAUUUGAAGCAAAUGGGGCCAUUUGGGGGGCGCUUCUAGGGGCUGCCAAAACCCACAAGAACGUGGAUCUUGGGGAGCAUGCAGCCAACAUGCUUCAAACCCUAGAACCCGAAAAAUCAGGGACCCAUGUUCUCUUGGCAAAUAUCUAUGCCUCAGCAGGAUUAUGGGAUAAUGUUGCAAAAGCACGAAGAUUAAUGAAGGAUAGCAACGUGAAGAAGGAGCCGGGGAUGAGCUGGAUGGAGGUGAAAGAUAACAUACACACAUUCAUAGUCGGGGACAAAAGCCAUCCUAGAAGUGAAGAGAUUUAUGCAAAACUUGAGGAAUUGGGACGCAAGAUGGAAAAAGCCGGCUAUGUUCCUAUGUUAGAAACUGACCUCCAUCACGUGGAGAAGAAAGAGAAGGAACUCCUGCUCUCGUUUCACAGUGAAAAACUUGCGGUGGCUUUUGGACUGAUUGUGACCCCACCAGGAGCCCCCAUUAGGGUGAAGAAGAAUCUCCGCAUAUGUGUGGACUGCCACACGGUGUUCAAGUACAUAUAUAUUGGUAAAGUACAUACAUUUCGGAGCUUCAACCAUGUGGAUAUAAUUAAAAGCCCUUAUUGUGAUGCUGAGAAUAGAGAUUUUCGGCUAGGAAUCUACAACAAUAUACCUGCAGCUAUGGAAAAUCCCUCGGUUGAACCCAAUGAGCCUCCUAACAAUACAAUUAUGAUAGAUGUGACAAAAGUUAUGCGCAAGGCAUUUGUGUGGUAUGCCUCAUAUGGGUCAAAUAUGGACAUGCAGAGAUUCCUCUGCUACAUUGAAGGUGGACAGGUUGUGGGUAUGGAGAGACCUUAUGAAGGAAGUAGGGACAAGACUAGACCCCAGAGUACAAGAUGGGUAACUGCUAAUUAUCGUAUGUUUUUUGGACGUAACCACACAAAGGCGUGGGGCCCAGGUGGUGUUGCGUUCCUUGAACUACACAAAGAUAGGAAGCACAAAUCGCAUAUCCGCAUUUACAAAAUCAGUCUUCAACAGUUCAAUGAUGUUAUGAGACAAGAGAAUAGUGGAAAAUUUGUUAAGAAUUUUCCCUUGUUCACCUGGACUGACUUGAUGUCCAUCAGGCAUAGAGGGUACAUAUUCAUGAAGGCUAUCAAGGCAGGCUGGUACCGGACAGUUGUAUACAUGGGAGACGUAGAGAUGAUUCCGGUGUUGACAUUUACAUGCUCGCCAUCAGUAAUCGAAGACUUCAGGUCAGGGAAACGUCCCCUGUGCGCACCAUCGAAGGGUUACACAGAUAUCUUGAUGAAGGCACUUGUUGAACAAGCAAAGCUUCCAGUGCAAGUAGCAAGGAACUACAUAAGGGAUUCUUAUGAAAAGACUCUUAAUGGCUCUCAUUCUUGCAAUAGAAAAUACCCAAUUGGUGGAGAACAGAGCGCCUUUUAUAUUCCCAAGAUUUCACUUUUCAGCAUUUGCUUUUCAUUUCCGAAACUUUGGGCAGCUUCAAAAUUCAAACUCGAAGUCACCCCAGCAGUCCUAUUAUCGUCCCUGUUGAGUUUCAAAACGGAAGCAGAAAUGGAGGUUGAUAAUGGGACUGAGAGGUCUUUGAGCAUAAACAACGACGAUGCUACUCCAAAACAUCGGCGCGUGGGUCUGAUAUAUGACGAGAGGAUGUGUAAACACUACGCGCCUGAUGAGGAUCACCCAGAAUGUCCGGAUCGCAUUCGGGUCAUCUGGGACAGCCUCAAUUCAUCUGGGCUUGCGAAAAGAUGUGUGAUUCUGGAUGCCAAGGACGCUGAGGACAAACAUCUGGCUUUGGUUCACACCAAACACCAUAUCGACUUGGUUAAGAAUAUUAGCUCCAAAUACUCCAGCUCCAAGAGAAAAAGACUUGCUUCAAAAUUUAACUCUAUUUAUUUCAAUGAAGGCUCAUCUGAAGCUGCUUAUCUUGCUGCGGGCUCUGUCAUAGAGGUUGCUGAUCAAGUUGCUAAAGGAGAACUUGACUCAGCAUUUGCUAUUGUGAGGCCUCCUGGACACCAUGCAGAAGAAAACGAACCAAUGGGAUUUUGCCUAUACAACAAUGUUGCUAUUGCCACAAGUUAUCUACUGAAUGAAAGAAUAGAUUUGGGGAUCAAGAAAAUUCUGAUUGUUGACUGGGAUGUGCAUCAUGGGAAUGGUACUCAGAAUAUGUUCUACAAUGACCCCAGAGUACUUUUCUUCUCAGUUCAUAGGUUUGAUUAUGGGACUUUCUAUCCAGCUGGUCAUGAUGGCUCAUAUAUCAUGACUGGGGACGGGCCAGGUGCUGGAUACAAUAUUAAUGUCCCUUGGGAGAAUGGUAGAUGUGGAGAUGCUGAUUAUAUCGCUGUUUGGGAUCAGAUAUUAGUCCCUGUUGCUAAGGAUUUCAAUCCGGAUAUGAUAAUUGUCUCUGCUGGAUUUGAUGCAGCCAUAGGAGAUCCUUUGGGAGGCUGCCGUCUUAGUCCUUAUGGCUACUCAGUUUUGCUUCACAAGUUGAUGGAGUUUGCUGGAGGAAGAAUUGUAAUGGCGCUUGAAGGGGGAUAUAAUCUUAAAUCAAUAGCAAAUUCAGCCCACGCAUGCGUUGAGGUAUUGCUUGAGGGCAAGCCUAUUGAUGGCUCCCUUGAAGCUUAUCCUUUUGAAUCUUCUUGGCGUGUGAUACAAGAGGUACGUCAACAUUUAAAAACAUAUUGGCCAGCACUUGCUGCUGAAUUACCAGGGAAGGUGAUUAAUAAAACAUCUCCAGUCGUGAUAUCAAGCUCCGACUCUGAAGACGAGCAUGAAAAUAUUCCAUCACAAGAAGUUCAGAAUAUUGAUGACGUUACACAACAUUUGAUGAACUUGAAAGUCGAAGAUGGUCAAGAACGCGAAGCAACUUCUGUUUCGUCUUCAUGGAGAUCGGACCUUUCUAAAGUUUAUGUUUGGCUGGAGCAAUUUAAUGAUGUGCUGCUUCAGGAGAAUGUUUCGAACUAUGACAUGAGUCAGCCGCUAUUUGAUUUGAGUGCGUUACACGCUAUACAAACUGAAAAGUCCUUCUCAGCAGAGCCAGUCAAAAGAGGCUGGUACCACAAUGUUGUUUAUUUGGGAAAGGAGAACGAUAUUCCAAUUCUCACAAUGACGUGCACUCUUUCGCACGUUAAUGACUUCAUAUCUGGUAAAUUCCCGAUCAACCCACCAUGCAAAGAGUAUGCUAAUACGUUGGUUAAAGGGCUUGUGGAGGGAAAGCAGCUCUCCGAAAACAAAGCCAUUGCUUACAUACAAGAAGCAUCUACGAAGCCCCUUGUUUAG